GUUUCUUGCUCGGUAUCCCCACUGUUUUUCCGUUCUGUAGUCUUUUUGGUCUCAUGCUGCAGACUGUCUCAUUUCGGCAUUUAUAAUAAAGUAUAGGCCUAAAGUGACCAGGCUGCAGAGAUGCUUGGAGUGUGGCAGGGUGGAUGCCCAGCUGAAUUUUUUCUGGCAGGACGAAACCUGAAACCUGACCGUGUUUAUCAGUUUCAUUCAUGCACAAGAAAUUGGUAGCCAUGCCACUUUCAUCGAGAGAAAAAGAUUCCCACCCACGACGAAACUCACUAUGCGUACAAUCUUGGUCAUCAAAAGUUCAUCAACCCAAACUGCUAAGCGAAGAAGUUCCCAACUCCCUGAUCUGCAUCUCCAAAGUACAUUGGGUGGUGAACAACCAGAACAAGGACUUCAGAUCAACCAUUGCGGCAGUUCCAACAACAUUGCCUCCAAUACCUUCCAUUCCUGCAGUUCCGAAACUGACAAUGCCGCCAAUACCGUUCAUUCCUAUCCCGAAGGUCGCCAUGGCACCAACCGCCCCUGGCACAGUUCCAUCUCUUCCGAUCCCGGCGAUCCCAACCACCAUGCCGACCAUUCCUACUUUGCCUGUUACCAUGCCACCAAUGCCCUCAGUUCCAAUUACCAUUCCAUCCAUUCCGAUUACAACACCAACAACUAUCCCUACCAUUCCUGGGUUCCAGAUGCCACCUAUUCCAUUCAUGUCCCCACCUCCACAAACCACCAGCCCGUGAAGGUCUUCAUAGCAUGAGACUGCUAGUCAGGGGUUUGAUUCAUACACAUAGUUAUUAUCAGUGUGUUUGAAAUGUUUGUUCUGUUGGAUGUUUUACUGGCUUGCGUUUGGUGUUGAUUGUAAACGCAGAUAAGUUUUUGUACUGUCCUGUUGGUUAAUAAAGCAUCACUUGGUUUGUUUAAGUUGCUGCAAAGGAUAAGAAUCGUGAAUUCCUAUUUUGAAUGGUAGCAUGGUGUCAACUGUCAACAGAAAAGAAUGGUAACAUCUACAAGACGUUUAUCUUGUUUGACAGAAAAAAUGAUACCACCUACCAUGCUCAACUUUUGUUUGACAGAAUGGAAAGAUAUCAUUUUCCUUUCAACAAAAUUAAACAAAGACAGCAUGGCAUUAGGAAAAUAAACACCAGCAAGAAGCAGGCACGGCGUGGUAAUUUACCAGGACAUGCUAUAUGGCAAGAAUUAGCUAGAUGUAAGCUUUGGUGUUUCUGAACAAAUUCCAUGGCUAUCUCGGACUCGUAGGAGAAAUAAUAAACACCAGACAUGCAACAAGAUACUCCUGGACUUCCAAAUAAUGAGAACAGAAAAAGGAAAGGAAAACAAACAUUGAGCAAUAGAUGCAAGAGAAGAUUUAUCCAUCAAACUGUCGCAUUGAAGCAAGAGAUGACAAUUUGAUGUUAACAUGGUGAUAAUGAACAUGGAUAUAUUAUCAUCAGAAAUUUUUAUAGCAUAAGACAGCACUAACACGCAAUAACAAAAUUAAAAAAUGC